ACAGUGCUAUGACAACAGCAAAGAUGGUAUCGAGUUGGGGAGACGUGGGAGCGAAAUGUGAUUUUUCAUGAACUGCAGUUGGUGGAUCGCAGUCUCAUCAAGGAAAACUCAUAUUCAAAGAGGUCUGUAGGAUGUCUCUGUUCAAAGCAAGGGACUGGUGGUCGGUGACACUAGGCCUGGGGGAGGAGUUUGACCAGGGGUGUCUGUGCGUCGGCGAUGUGGACAACAGUGGCAGCGGACAUGAUAAGAUCGUGGUGGGGAGCUACAUGGGUCUGCUGCGGAUCUUCCUGCCCCACGCUGGCUCAUCAGGGGAGAGCCAGGCGGAGGACCAGCUGCUGGAGGUGCAGCUCAAAGACCCCAUCAUACAGGUGGAAGUGGGCAAGUUUGUCUCGUGCUCUGAUCUUCUCCACCUGGCUGUGCUUCACCCCAGGAAGCUUUCUGUCUACGCCAUCACAGGCACCGCUGGGAAUGUGGAACAUGGCUUUCAGUGCCAGCUCAGACUGGUGUAUGAGCACAACCUGCAGAGGACGGCCUGCAACAUGACCUACGGCCCCUUCGGGGGCGUCACAGGUCACCACUUCAUCUGUAUCCAGUCCAUGGACGGCAUGCUGAUGUUCUUUGAGCAGGAGAGCUACGCCUUCGGCCGCUUCCUGCCCGGCUUCCUGCUCCCCGGCCCGCUCAGCUACUGCCCCCGCACCGACGCCUUCCUCACCGUGUCCUCCAGCCGCCAAGUGGAGAGCUACAAGUAUGAGACCCUGGCUGUGGCCACCGACGCAGACACCAGACAGGAAGCCGAGCAGCAGAAGAAGAGCUCAGGGAAGAGGCUAAUGGCUGACUGGACCCUGGUCAUCGGCGAGCAGGCUCUGGAUAUCUGCAUCCCGUCCUUCUCCCCGUCCGCGUCCAUUUUCAUUUUGGGAGAGAGGAACCUGUACUGUCUGAAGGACAACGGGCAGAUCCGCUUCAUGAAGAAACUGGAGUUCAACCCCAGCUGUUUCCUCCCCUACGCCUCAGUGAGUGAAGGGACGACCAACACCCUCCUGGCGAACCACAACAACAUGCUGCUGGUGUACCAGGACGUGACUCUGAAGUGGGCCGCCCAGCUGUCCUGCGUGCCCGUCGCCGUCCGAGUCGCCAACUUCCAGGAUCUGAGGGGCGUGGUGGUGAUGCUUAGCGGAGACGGGCACCUCCAGUGCUCCUACAUGGGCACCGACCCCUCCUUCUUCAUGGCCCCCAAGGUGGAGGCGCGGGAGGUGAACUACGAGGAGGUGGAUGCCGAGCUGAAGACCCUGCACAAGGUCAUCCGCGAGGCCGCCAGGACCCAGGAUAUCUUGCCUAAAGCAGACGCAGAUGAGGAGUUGGUGGUCACGGCCAGCGUGUCUGCCAGCCUGGAUGACGUCUCGAAAGCUGUCAUUCCUGAAAUCAGUGGUAUACCUGUCCCCUCCGUCACUGUGAAGAUCUCGGUGCGGUGUCGCUCGGCGGUGCAGAGCCCCAAGCUGACGGUGUGCGUGCAGCCUCCCCUCGCAGUCACUCAGGAGCAGUUUGUGCUGGACUCCAUGGGUGCGGGAGCUACAACCACAGUGAUGUUCUCCGCCUUCCUGAAUGGGCCGUACCCCCCAGCUGACCUAGGAGGAAAUGUGGCAGUAUCCUACAGCACACCCACAGGGGUGCCCAGGGUGGCCCAGUGCAGAUUCGCUCUGCCCCUCCGCCUGGCCUGCUGCCUGUCUUCGGCCUCCAAGAACGCCCAGUUCAAGAUCACAGUAGACACCAACAAACCGCCAGUUAACCUCAACGAGGUGUUCCCAGACUUCCUGGAGAAGUCUGAGGACAGGGAUGGGAACGCGCUGGCCUUCCAGCUCAUAGCCGGCGCCAAAGUCACCGUGCUGGCCUCCAAGACGUCCCAGCGCUACAGGAUCCAGAGUGAGAGCUUUGAGGAUAUGUGGCUGGUGGCCAGUGAGCUGGUCCAGCGUUUUGACCGGCACUUUGCCAAGCAGGGAGUGAAAGACUUCCGCAACAGCUUCUCCGGCCCUCUCCCACUGUCCGAGUACUUCCAGGCUGUGGAUCACCACUUUGAGCUGCGGGUCAGCGCGGAGAAGUACCAGGACCUGCUGGCGGAGAGGGCGGUCCAGUUCCGGGCCAUCCAGCGCCGGCUGCUGACGCGCUUCAAGGACAAGACCCCCGCCCCCCUGCAGAACCUGGACACGCUGAUGGAGGGCACCUACAGACAGGUGAUCGCUCUGGCGGACGCGGCCGAGGAGAACCGGAUGAAGCUGUGCCAGGCCUUCGCCCGCCUGCGCAGCGCCACACAGCUGCUGAUCAUGCUGCUGUCCCUGUGGCACGGCCUGGGCACGGAGCAGACCGCCAUCCUGCAGGCCACGCUGCUUCCCCUGCUGCAGGACACGCCUCAGCUGGGCUGGGAGGAGAGCGUGGACGCUGCCGUCUCUCACCUGCUGAGGACGUGUCUGUCGCGCAGCUCCAAGGACCAGGCCCUGAGUCUGAGCACCGGCCAGCUGAGCAUGCCCAAAGACACGGCCCGCCUGAAGAAGCACAUCACCCUGCUGUGCGACCGGCUGGGCAAGGGCGGCCGCCUGUCGCUGUCCUCAGAGGCCCACGCCCCCACGCCCGUCAUCAUGCCAGGGAGCUGUGAACCCAUCGCUGAGCUGGACCAGGAAGAGCCCGCCGCGGAACAGGAGGCCGUGGCCAAGUUUGUCAAGAAGAGGCAGCCAUCCAAGAAGGUCAAGACCAAAACCGAUGCCAAUGGCAGCGAAGCUGGGAAGGAAUCUGAAAAGGAGCUUGGCAAAGAACCUGCAAAGGACUCUGGAAAGGAGUCAACUAAGGCAUCAGUGAAAGCAAAGGAGUCUGGGAAGGAAUCUGCUAAGGAUUCUGGAAAGGAGUCGUCAAAGGAACCGGAGAAGGAACCAGAGAAGGAACCCGGAAAGGCUGCAGUGAAAGUUGCGAAGAAGGCAUCAGUGAAGGUGAAAGAGAAGAAGAAGGAGCCAGAGGCUACAGACGGCUAACGGGCCUACAGAGCAAAGCCACGCAAGACCCUGAGAAUGUUCUCCAGCGUGCGAGCCUGCGGUCCCCUGGCCAGGCCCCAGGGGCCACACUGUCCCCGCUGGGGCGGGCUCCAGCACAGCACUUAGCUCACUGGCUUUGAUUGAGCUGCUAAGUCAACACUCAAUACUUCACAUACUGUCUCCUUCGGUUAUUUUGGUGAGAAUACAGGUUGCUGGGAGUUUUAUGGCAGGUUAUGCCUUUAGGUUUAUAUUUCUUUGAGGUUGAAUUGCAGUAACACAGAUAGGUAUUCGGUUAGGGAAGAGGGCGUAAAUUAGUUGUGAGAUGGGUCCAGGAAUAAUAGUUGAACUACUAUAAAGUUAGGCUUGAUUGAGCAAUUGAGUUAACUACCCUGAUUAUUUUUUCGAGGAGCAGACAAAAUUUUGACUAAACAAUUUUGCAUUAAUGCAAAAUAACUUCCAUUCGUAGAUCUCUUUGAAGUAAUCAUUUUGAGCUUUUUAAAUGUACAGCUGGCAGUAUUUAAUUAAAAGCUCAGUCAUUCAUUCAGCUGGAACAAUAAAUCCCCAAGACCAGGGUUGGGAAACACUGUUCUGCAUACGCACACAUACAGAUACACUCCAGGAACAUAGAAAGUGGAGGGACAUGGGUGGGUUCUACCUCUUGCUGUGAUUAAACACUGGCCACUGAGAACCAGAGUGACCCAAUCUAUCCCACUCCACUAAACUACACUACCCUUCACUCCUCCACACUGCACUACAUUAAUCCAUUUCUCUGUGUUCCUCCUUUUCUCUCUGUUCCAUUUGUUUCCCACCUCCACUUGUCACAUGACAUUUUAUGCAUACCUUCAUGUAUGAGUUUCUGAGUAGUAACUCAGUUAUAGUGUACUUAGGUCUGGUGUGAAUUGAGUGUGCCGUACUUGCGUAGCUGUUGCCAGUGUCUCUUGUAUACUUGCUGGGAGCAUUGACAAGAGUUAGUGCUUUUGUCCUGAUUCAGCGUUCUCUCAGGUAACUGCCAUCACGCUCUCCAUUGUACAUGUACGUAUGUUAUCUCACUGCUGGAAGAGUCCAUUUGUCACUGAGAUGUGGGUGGAGGGUGUGGCUUUCAGGCAGUUUACACAGUGCUGAACCAGGCCGUUCCACCGACAGCACCCCUCUCCUCUGCAGUCUGCUUCUCUGAAAGCUUAUCGCCUCUCAGCACCCUGAGCUCUCCGCCUGUUUCAGUGAUUGAUGAAUUCUCUGUAUAGAGCUGGUUUUAGAUGUGUACUGAGCUGCAUGUAAUGCAUACACAUGCACGCACACAAGUACGCAGCUGUGUCUGAAAUGCAUGCACAUGCACAUGCACACGCACACGUAACCACGGCCUCCACACACAAGCAUGUGUGAUUGCACAUACACAUAUGAAAGCGAUCAUGCCUACACACUUAAAAGCGGCCUGUCUGGCAGUUGCAUACAUUCACACUGCUCAACACACACACUGUUCAGACACACAUUUACAUUGCUCAACACACACACUGUUUCAGACACACAUUCACACUGCUCAACACACACACUGUUUCAGACACGCAUGCUCUGGCACAGUCACUGCCCACGUGUGCUCUACAGGAUCGCAGACGCACACCUGGGCUCGUCUGAUUGGUCGGCUGUAGACACAGGCUGACUGACGGGUUUUCUCAUGUCCAGACUGCAGAAGAUCAGGCUGCCGGUGGGUUCCGUUAGUGGCUUGUAACGCAGCCCUGGAAUCUGAGGCUCAGAUUCAGGCGUAUCCCUCCCCUCCCCUCCACCCUCCACCCAGCACCCCCUCCUCCAAGGCAAACAGCACAAGGGCCCAGUGCUACACCACGGGAUUUAUUUUAGAUCCACACCCGUCUCUGGGCCAAACCCACAGCCUCCCGCCCCAUAAUCCGUCUCUUCUGCUCGCCGCUCCCCCGCCUACGCUCCGGUGUGCUGACGUCCGCACCCCUGCACCCCCCCACCCCCCCAGCCCAGCCCCGCUCGCCCCCUCACGUGUGGCACCCCACCAGCCGUGCCACAACUAAGAAUAACAUCCACAGUCUGCUCCCCCCGCCCGCCACCACACGGCCUCCUCUCUUCCCUGCUCAGCACAUUCAGGAAGUGGGGACAUGUUGCCACCCCGGGGGGAGGGGGAACCCAGAGCACCAGCGCGCAAUGCCCAGUGCCCACCAAUCAAAGUGGAACCAGUUUGCCUACCCCCUGCCCUUGCCUGCUCACGGUGACCUCGAGGUGUCCCUGUCCCCAGUGUUGUGGUGGGCGGGUGUGGGGGCGGAGUCUGUCCAUAGCACCCUCUCCAAGCUAAUUAGCUUAUCAGGCUGGGAUUAGCUUGUCCCGCACACACACACUUCAGGUCAGAGACAGUAGUCUGGGUGCUUCGGGGAGAGGGGGCCAGACAGGAGCGGUUCCUGUGGCUCGGUCUGCAGACGUGAGAGCAGCGAUGCAGCCCUCCACAGCUGCGCUCCUCCAGCAGCUCUGAUUCACGGUAACGCGCGCUGUUUACAGCGAGCAGCCUCCGCAGCGUGGAGAAACGACACCUGCUGUCCCUCGCCCCUGACCCCUUCGAACGAAAAGCAGGCAGAGAGAGAGAGAGUGAAUGCUUGCUCUGCUCAGCCACGCUGUAAAGGGAUGAGGCACAUUUAUCAAUGUCACUCAUCUUUCAGUCCAUAGGAGGAAGGCGUACAGGGACUGUAGUACUUUAUCCCAGUCUGUGGAGAUCUCCGAUGUUGUCCAUUCAUAUUUGUCGAAAAUGUGCGUGACUUAAUUUUUACAUCUUCAGCAGGGAAGGCUUAGAUAAGAUUUUUGUAGUGGUGCCAGCUAGUCUGUUGUACCAGGCACCUGCUACAGUACGUUUCACAACUCUAAACACAAAGAGCUCCAGAUUUUUCCCCCCCACAUUUUUCCCAUCUCCUGUCUUUUCUUUAUAGUCUGUUUUGCCUUUGACCUGUUUAAGUCCCCACUUGUACAUGUUGUCAGCGGGUCAGUGAUCUCUGAGAAUCUCUGAAGAUUAUCAACCUCCGUUGCAUUCCAGCAAAGGGCAUUAGACAGAUUCCGUCUAGUUUACCAGUAAAGGCUGCAAAGCAUUUAUACUAAUUGUCGCCGCUGAGAUCUGUUGUUGUAUUUUUGCCAGUUUUUGUUGGUCAUAAAACCAUCAUGACACUCCAACAGAAUCUGUGUUAUAACCAUUAGUUUUUCUUCUUUUUUUUUCUUUUUUUUUUACAAUUUAGAGCUUACUCAAAAUGCGUGGUCGUUUCCAUGUUUACAGACACUGUACAUUUCCUAUACAAGACGGGACCAACUGUUCUCCAGUAUAUAAAAAAAACAUUGUUACACUGUGCCACAAAGUUUUGAGACAGAUGAUUGUUAACAAAUAAAAAAUUUGGAUUAGAUUAAGAAAAUGAAAAA